AUGGAGAGCUUGAAUUCAGUUAUAGGCAGCAAUGAACAAAUAAAGGAACCACAUGCUAUAAAUGCAUCGGACAGUGAUUUUAGCUUCCGAUCACUAGAGUAUGGUAUAGAGUUUUACCGAGAGUAUGGACGUAAAAGUGGGUUUGAGAUCAGACGGCAUACAGAGAAGAAACAUGAGGACGAUACAGUUCUUCUUAAACACAUUGUUUGCAGUAGAGCUGUCAGCAAUGAAUCAAAGAUGGAUGUUGAUUUUGAGGAUUUUAGUAGCAUUUCGAAAAAGAGAAGGAGAACUGUAUCUAGUAGAUGUGGUUGCAAAGCUAAAGUCGUUUUUAAGUUCGAUGGUUUGAAAGGAUAUAAUGUUCUCUCAUUCGUUGAAGAGCAUUCUCAUUUUUUGGUCUCCGAUAGUGGGAAACAAUUUUUGAAGUCAAAUAGAGUUCUCGGUCUCGCACAUAAGAAACUUGUAUUUGAUGGUGCAAAAGCCAACAUGGGGCCUAACAAAAUAUAUAACUUUGCUAAGAAGUUGUGUGGAAGUUAUUCUAAUGUUGGUGCUACGUGUACCGAGUUUAAAAAUUGGAUUAGGGACGUGAAGCUUUAUAUUGGUGAUCGAGAUGCUCAAAUGAUCAUCAAGAAGUUCACGGAUAAGAAGGAGAUGUGUGAUGGAUUUUUCUAUGAUUAUGCAGUCGAUGAAGGGGGUCGAUUAACUCGCAUCUUUUGGGCAGAUGUUAUUGGACGAAGAAAUUACGAUGUAUUUGGAGAUGUGAUAUCAUUUGACUCUACAUAUUCCACAAACAAGUACAACAUGAAGUUUGUUCCAUUCACUGGUCUCGACAAUUAUAAGAAGUGUGUUGUAUUUGCAGUAGGAUUGAUAGCUAAAGAGGACAUUGAUAACUAUGUCUGGAUUUUUGAGGUAUUCAUGAAAUGCAUGAUUCGCGAGCCAAAGUGUAUUAUUACAGAUCAGUGCCCUGCCAUGAAGCAAGCUAUACCAACUGUCUUUAGAGAAGCACGUCACCGUUUGUGCAUGUGGCACAUCAUGAAAAAAUUUAACCAAAAGUUAGCAAAAUGCAUUUCAAAGAUGGAUGAUUUCAAGAGGAAGAUCAAUGCACUGAUUUGGAGUAUAGAUAUAGAUCCAGCAACAUUUGAAGUAGGUUGGAAAGAUGUUAUGAAAGAAUUUAAGCUUGAAAGUAAUGAAUGGUUGUGUGAACUGUAUAACAUUCGGGAGUCAUGGAUUCCAGCCUAUUAUGCUAAUGAUCCAACGGUUGGUUUAUUGCGUACUACAUCAAUAUCAGAGAGUGAGAACAAUUUCUUUGACAAAUUCAACCGUAGAUCUGACACAUUGACAGAAUUUCAUCUCCGAUAUGAGAGUGCUAUGGAGAAGCAAAGGCAUACAAACGCAAGAUUAAACUAUGAAGGAACAAAGUCGAUGCCAAGAAUGGACACACCAUUGUUAUUGGAGAGGGAUGCAGCAGAGUUGUACACUCGAACAAUGUUUUAUGAGAUACAGAAAGAGAUAAUGUCAUCCUGUUAUGAUAUGAGUAUCAAUAGUAUAUCAGAAGAAGAUUGUGUGAAGGUUUUUUCCAUAAAGGACAAAAAGAGACAUGGAAAAAUAUUUGAGGUGAAACAUGCUUAUUUGAACAAUGACGUGCAAUGUUUAGAUGGUGAGAGACUUGACUACCUGGAAGGGAAGUUGAAGGAGUUGAAGCACAGUUUGCGUGAAUCUAGUUGGAAAUCUGACACACAGAACAAAAAUAAUAUAAUGGAGUUUUUUGUUGGCUCAAAAAUACCAGCUGAAGUGAUUGUUAAACCUCCCAUUGAAGGUAGAAACAAGGGGUGUGGACGGAGAAUUGUUGGUGAUUAUGAGAAAUCAAUUAGUCAACGAAAUAAGAAGGUGCCAAGAAUAUCAUUUUCUUUGAGAUCUUGUGGUCUUUCUCGUCUCUUUUUUGACAUUGGCAGUUUCAGCAUGGUGUUGUUGAGCUUUGCUGAUGACUUUUUUGGCCAAUUCAUUUGUUGGUUCAGUAAGAAUUUGGCAACAGUAUAUAGACCUCAGUCUAUGUAG